CGGUCGGCAAUAUAUUGGCGUUGGCAUAUCGUUCUUCUCCCCAAACGUACACGCCGCGGGCUCCCCACACUCACCGUCUAUUGAGAGAGAUGGCGCGGGCAGACCUCGAGGCCGGGGGACUGGCGGUGGCGGCGCUGCCGCACCGCUCUCCUCACCGGCGGAUCAGCGGCGGCGGCGACGACGCCGCCUUCGACGACGACGGCAAGCCCAAGAGAACAGGGACGGUUUGGACGGCGGGGGCGCACAUCAUAACGGCGGUCAUCGGCUCCGGCGUGCUGUCGCUGCCCUGGUCGACGGCGCAGCUGGGCUGGGUGGCCGGGCCGGUGACGCUCUUCCUCUUCGCCGUCAUCACCUACUACACCUCCGUGCUCCUCACCGACUGCUACCGCAGCGACAACCCCGUCACCGGCAAGAGGAACUACACCUACAUGGAGGCCGUCGAGUCCUACCUAGGUGGCUGGCAAGUGUGGUUUUGCGGACUCUGCCAGUAUGUCAAUCUUGUUGGAACCGCAAUCGGGUACACCAUUACAGCGUCGAUCAGUGCCGCAGCUGUGUACAAGUCCAAUUGCUUCCACAAGAACGGCCACUCCGCCGACUGCGGCGUCUUCACCACCAUGUACAUGGUCGUCUUCGGUGUCUCCCAGAUCUUCUUCUCCCAGCUCCCCAACCUCCACGAGAUGGCCUGGCUGUCCAUCCUCGCAGCCGUCAUGUCCUUCUCCUACGCCACCAUCGGCGUUGGCCUCUCCCUGGCACAAACCAUAUCAGGUCCAACUGGCAAGACGACCUUGGGUGGCACUGUAGUUGGGGUGGACGUUGUCGAUUCGUCCCAGAAGGUAUGGCUGACGUUGCAGGCUCUUGGCAACAUCGCGUUCGCCUACUCAUACUCCAUGGUCCUCAUAGAAAUCCAGGACACGGUGAAGGCGCCCCCGGCCGAGAACAAGACGAUGAGGAAGGCGAACCUGCUGGGCGUGUCCACCACCACGGCAUUCUACAUGCUCUGCGGCUGCCUCGGCUACUCGGCCUUCGGCAACGCGGCGCCGGGGAACAUGCUCACGGGGUUCGGCUUCUACGAGCCCUUCUGGCUCAUCGACUUCGCCAACGUCUGCAUCGUGGUGCACCUCGUGGGCGCCUACCAGGUCUACUGCCAGCCCAUCUACGCGGCCGUCGAGAACUGGGCCGCGGCCCGCUGGCCGCGCUCCGGCUUCGUCCUCCGCGAGUACCCGGUCCUGGCUAACGGCAAGUUCAGCGUCAACAUGUUCAGGCUGGUGUGGAGGACGGCGUUCGUGGUCGUGAGCACGGUGCUUGCGAUCUCGCUGCCCUUCUUCAACGACAUUCUGGGGCUCCUCGGCGCGCUCGGGUUCUGGCCGCUCACCGUCUACUUCCCCGUGGAGAUGUACAUCCGGCAGAGCAAGGUGGAGAGGUUCUCCAGGAAGUGGCUCCUGCUGCAGAGCAUCAGCGUGCUGUGCUUCGUGGUGUCGGCGGCGGCGACCGUCGCGUCCAUAGAGGGGAUCACCCUGUCGCUCAAGAACUAUGUGCCGUUCAAGACAAAGCUGUGAACAAAAUACAGUAGGGAGUUGACCAGAUUCAUCAUUAAGUUUUUUUUAUUCAAAUAGAUACUCCAAUGAAGCUACAACGCCAUAUGGCAAACUGAUGAUCAAAAGAACAAAUAUUGAUUAAGCAAAUGGAACAUCAUUUGUCGCCCUCAGAACAAGUGUUUACUCAGCAAAUGAUUGUUUAAACUUCUGAGUGAGGAAGGUACGUGACAAGAGCUACUUCACAAUUAAUACCUUCAUUCUAGCACAUAUCACAAGUUAAGAUUAGACUGACUGAUUCACCAUAUUGAAAAGGUUUCAUGUGAGUUAAAAAUGAUUUUGUUAUAUGCAACGGUGGAGGACUCGAUUUUGGGAGGA